AUUCCUGACAGUUUUGACGCUUCUUUCUUGCCCUCGUCGUCUGCGGGUAGCCUAGCAGCAGGCGGGCAUCGUCGACAAUCAUGUCUGAUACACACAGCAGCGAGAAGGAUGCUAAGGUGCGUGCUCAGGCCAGAGCAGCACCGGUGGCAAUGGAGAGCGACGAGGCGGAAUUGGCGAGGAUGGGAUACAAGCAGGAAUUAAAACGGGACUUGAGUCUGGUCCAAAACUUCGGUGUAUCAUUCUCGAUCAUUAGUAUUAUGACUGGUGUCCCGUCCUUGUUCUUGUAUGGAUUGAACACAGGAGGACCUGGUCCCAUGGUGUGGGGAUGGAUUGUUGUCGCUAUUUUCACUAUGACCGUCGGACUUGCUAUGGCUGAGGUCUGCAGCGCCCAUCCUACCAGUGGGGGCCCUUACUUCUGGGCAGCAAUGCUUUCCCCACGCAAAGACGCCGCCUUCGCUUCGUGGAUUACCGGCUGGUUCAACUUGCUCGGACAAGUAGCGGUGACAACAGGUAUCAGUUUUGGAUGUGCGACAUUCAUCUCCACCGCUUGCACCCUCGGCACCUCCUUCGUGCCCAAUGAAAAGACCACAAUUGGGAUCUACGCCGCCGUCCUUGUCACGCAGGGGCUCAUCAACACCUUCGGCGUGCACCUCCUCAAGUACCUCAAUAACAUCUCCGUGUGGUGGCACGCCGUGGGCACCGUCGCGGUCGUCAUCGCCGUGCUCGCGGCCGCACCGACGCACCAGUCGGCAAAGUUCGUGUUUGCCACGUUCCUGGAUGGAACGGGCGUGGACGGCGUGGGGUGGUCGCAGCGCGCGAGCCCGGCGUAUGUCGCAAUCAUUGGAAUUCUGAUGGCGCAGUAUACGUUGACUGGGUUUGAUGCCAGCGCACACAUGACAGAAGAGACCCACAACGCGGCCAUGUCUGGAUCCAUAGGAAUUAUCAUGGCUAUCGGCGUUUCCGCCGUGCUGGGGUGGUUCCUCAUUCUCGGUCUGCUGUUUUCUAUUCAGGAUCUGGAUGCUACGUUAGCCUCGCCUACGGGGGAACCCGUAACCCAAAUCUUCCUGGACACGGUCGGGGAGAAGGGUGCGAUUGUAUUAAUGGUUAUUGUUAUCGGGUGCAUGUAUUUCUGCGGAACCUUCUCUGUGACCUCGAAUUCCCGGAUGAUGUACGCCUUCUCCCGCGACGGCGCCAUUUCAAGGUUCUUCCACAAAGUGGAUCCCAAGCGGAAGUCCCCGAUUCGCACAGUGUGGCUCGCGUGCACGCUCAGCUUCAUCCUGGGCCUGCCUAGCUUGGGGAGCUCCGUGGCUUUCUCGGCCGCUACGAGUAUCGCCACAAUCGGUCUAUACAUCUCCUACGCCAUCCCGAUUGCCCUCAGGGUGAUAUACCGCAAGCAAUUCGUCCGAGGGCCCUUCCAUCUCGGCAGGUUCUCGUACCCCGUCGCCUGCACCGCGGUGGCGUGGAUCGCCUUCAUCUCGAUCGUGUUCAUUCUCCCGCAGGAGAACCCCGUGAACUCGGAGACGCUCAACUACGCCAUUGUCGCAGUGGGCAUCGUCUCUGCGUAUAGCUUCGGAUUCUGGAUUAUUAGUGCGAGGAAGUGGUUCACGGGCCCCGUUAAGCAGAUUGCAGCGGAGGAGAUGGGGAUCAGUGUUAUGGAGCCGGGUGCUCUGGAGACGGCUGAGAAGGAAUCAUAGAAGGUAACUCAUCCGUAUUCUAGACUAGUAUUUACACAUGCAGCGUCUCCUGGAGCAUACCCGUUAUUGUGUCGUUUUCUGGCUGUUUCAAGACAGGCCCAUACAACUCAUUAAUAGGUCAUGUCGUACUUCCAUUGUUUGAAACCCCCCG